AUGGCCUCUCAAUCUGUGCAAUGCUUCGGCAAGAAGAAGACCGCCACCGCCGUCGCCCACUGCAAGGCUGGUAAGGGUCUCAUCAAGGUCAACGGAAAGCCUCUUUCCCUUGUCCAGCCCGAGAUCCUUCGCUUCAAGGUCUACGAGCCCGUCCUGAUCCUCGGCCUCGACAAGUUCGCCGACGUCGACAUCCGCGUCCGCGUCUCCGGUGGUGGUCACACCUCGCAGAUCUACGCGAUCCGUCAGGCCAUCGCCAAGUCCAUUGUCGCCUACUACCAGAAGUACGUCGACGAGCACUCCAAGAACCAGAUCAAGCAGGCGCUCGUCCAGUACGACCGCACACUCCUCGUUGCCGACAACAGACGGUGCGAGCCCAAGAAGUUCGGUGGUCAGGGUGCGCGCUCGCGCUACCAGAAGUCCUACCGUUAA